AAAACAUCCAUUACUUAGUAUUUUUUUGCUUUCAAUUCUGCUUUCUUGCUUUGUAUUUUUCUCUCAUUCUCUUCUCUCAGAUUCCUUUUCUUAUUCCCUUCUUGAAUUAAUUUCAAUGGAGACCCCAUCUUCAACAAAAAGAGUUACAAGAUCACAAACUGUUGCUGCUCUGAACACCAACAACAAUAUUCCCCUCUCAAGGAAGAUUGAAGAUUCUUCUGAUAAGGAUGUAACGAAAUCAAGAAGAAGGAAUGCAAAACAACAACUACAAGAUAGGUCUGCACUAAUUGAUAUAACAAAUGAUUCACCAAUUGUUGGGAUUGCAAUGGGAAUUUUAGAGACUCCAUUAUCAGCAUUAGCCAAGCAAAAGAACAGUAGAGCCAAGAACAACAUCCCCAACACACCUGGGUCGGGAGAGGCAUUGCUUAGGGGUCAAGUGAAAACCCUCUUGCAGAAAGUUGAAGAAGAGGCAGAGCUCUCAAAACUUUCUUUGGAGAACCGUCCUUUCCUGCAUCUUCAAGGAUUUGUUAAUUCUCCAAUGGGACUUCUUGCACCAACUCCAGCAAAUACUCCUCAGGUCCCUAAUCUUUCUGGAGAUGACAUUGUCUUGGCCUCUGUCACUCCCUUGCCAGUUAUUGAAGAGAAAUUAAAGAUUUGUCAGGAGGUGAGUGAGAUCUUUGAUGUGAAGAAACAAGAGAGUCUUGAAUCUCAAAAGAGUUUGACGAGGUCAUUAAUGCUGGAUUUCUCUGAGAAAUCUGAAAGUUCUGAUUCAUCAGAAUGCUCUUCUGCACUGACUUACCAAGGAGAUAACUGUGAAGUGAUAACAAGUGAAAGCAAAGACAAGUCAUCGUCGGCAGAUGAUGACAAUGCCUCUAUUUGGUCAAUUCAGGUCAAUGCAAGCACCCAUGAUGAAGAUGAGGAAGAAGUAAUUGAAGAAGAAGAGGAAGAAGAAGAGUAUUAUUAUUAUUAUCGUGAUGAAUAUGAAGAGGCAGAAGAGGAAGAGGAGGCUGAUGUUGGAGGGUUGCUUGAUGAGCUUUGUGAAGGCAUUAGCCAAAUAAGUGUGAAAGAGAAAGCAAUGGCCAAGUUUGAAGGAAAGCACACACGAUUUGUUUACAACAGUGAUGAUGAGAUUGUUGAAGAAGUAGUAGACUGUGGAGAUGAUGAUUAUUUACGCUUGACAGGUUUGCCAACUCCGAAAGGGAAGCACAUACGCUUCCAUACAGAAGAGGAAUGAGUGAUUUUUUUUUUUUUCCGAUCAGGUGGUUUUGUUAUUAGAUGGGUUGUCUUUCUCGACACCAAUUUGGAAGAUAAAUUCCUUUGCUUUGUUGUUCAUUUUUUCAGCAUUUUGUGGGUUUUGAUUUACACAUGAAAGUGAAACUGUGGAACAAAGAUUAAUGAAAAUAAUAGCGCAAUCCUUUUAGUUCAUAACAA